AUGAACAAUACCCUCAUGAGCUGCGGUGAAUCGAUCUGGAUCGAGAAACCAACUCUCAUGGGUCCCGACAUUACAUUCUUGAUCGUUCGUCUAUCGGCCCAGCUCCUUCUAUCGGCAACCCGCCACGAUGAGACACUUGCAGAGCUAGAUCGGACUCGAUACGCUUUGGCCUUUUACCGCGAGAUGGCCGAGACGAAACCACUUAACUACGUUUGCCCUGCCCCCGAGUGUGGAAAGAAAGGGUUCUCAACCACGCCUGGGUUGUAUGAUCAUUUUGACAAAAAGUUUCGUGAGAAGGGAGACCCAAUACAUAGUGGAUUGUCCCAGCAUCGAAAGCCUACAGGAAAUCGCAUCGAUAUCAAUGAGGCUAUGGCAGCAUGUCUCGGACGGCCUAUUACUAUGCCGCCCCAGGGAGGAGCAUGCUUCACGCCACCUUAUUUGAUUGCCCAGACCUAUUCAGGUGAGUCCUCUUUACAUUAUUUACCAGUAUUUCAUAGAGAAUACUCGAGCAUAGUUGGUCAAGUACCCGUUGAUGUUCUCGUUGACCAGUCUUUCAGCACCGCCCCGAGCACAGGGGUUCCGAACAGUGCCAGAUGCUAG